AUCGGAUUUAGACUGGAAUCACAUCGACCCCGGAAAUAAUGCCAUAAACGGACCAAUUUAUACGGAUUAUGUAAUUGUAAUUCAGUUCUGUACUACUGUAUGUUUCAUUAAACGUCUGUAAUAAUGGCUACAAUGGAACAAAGAAUGCUGCAGGAAUGGAUUGCUGAAUGCAAGUCUUUAUCAAGAGCUGAAUUGUCAUCUUAUGGAAGAAUGUUAAAAGAACAAAAAGAAAUUACUGAAGCAAUAUAUGGGGUAUUUCAGCAACCUGAUAACGAGCUCCGAGACAGCAUCUGUGGACAGCUAUUUGAGUUUUAUCGUAGUGGUGACUCUGAGUGCAGACGUUUCUGCUUGCAAUAUAUUCCAAGUAUUCUCUACUAUUACCUCACACCAUCAAAUAAAAACAAAUCCUUGGAUCGUCUAGAAGCAUUACUUUUAGGAAUAUAUAAUUUGGAUGUGGUUGAAGUUGAUGGACGUCAAAAAGUAAAAACCUGUAUUAUUCCCACAUUAGCUAAACCAUCUAUUUAUCAUGAGCCUGUACAUUUGUCAUCUGUGGCAUUGACAGAGAGUGCUCUAUCGUCACACCAAAAAAAAGAAACACAGUUAAUAAAAAGUGGACCUUUCCCUCAAGAAAAAAUAAUUACAGCACAAAACAGAUUUUCAAUUCUUAGUCAUGUCUUGUAUAUAUAUAAUACUGGUAUAGCUUGUAUGAAAGGUACUUCACAUGAAAUAUUAUGUAAAAUGUGUUCACAUUUAUGCACCACAGGGUACACUAAGCAAUCAUUAACACCACAGACUAAUGGUUCAUUAUCAACCAGUACAUUAUCUGAUUCUACUAGUCUAUUAACUAAUGGUUAUCCAGAGUACCAACCCAGGGUUCAUCUUAGUCCUGAAUUUAUGAUUGAAAUGCUGACUGGUGUUUAUUAUGUCAUGUUCAAUGGCCAUCAGAAAUCUGGACGGGAAGCAUUAGAAAACAUACAUUAUGUAGCAUGCCAGCAACUGCUCUCAGAAGUUAUUCUGGUGACCAGUGCUAUUAAGAAUUCAUUAAGCAGUAAUCCAUCUGGCCAGCCAGCUGAUGGACCAAUAGGAAUCAGUAUUGCUCUGACACCAUCUACACCUACUUUUACAAGAGCUGCUAUUACCAAUGCAUCAUUUAAAGCAAGAAGGGUUAGUAGAGCUAGCGACCCUGUUAAUUUUACACCAUAA